ACACGCUAGCAUACCGCUGUCCACUCCUGUGAACAGCUAUCCAUUUUCAUGCAUUUCCAUAUCUUAUAAAUAUGCAUAUUCGCGUGUAUUGUUAGCAUGUGAAUAUAUUUCUAAUAACUCAGCUUAGACACUUGACAGAUACAUGCGUUGAGCUACUGAUGUAGUAGCGCUAAAGAUCACUUCCUCGGGGCAUGUAUCAACACAAACCUUUCUUGAAAUAGCGGAGGUCUUGGCUCGUUAAUUUGUCUCAAAGCUUUGUGGGAAAACUGCAAAAGAAGAUAAAGCCGUUAUAUACUGAUAAUAAAGUCGUUUGUUUUAGAGUAAUCAGUAUAGAGGUAGCCAAACCUACAAACGAUAGCUUGGUCUACCUACCGUGUUUUCGCCAUUGUUCGUGUCAUUGCAGUAACUCUGUGAAUCUAAAAUGGCUGGACGAAUGAUCUUCUGGUUAAUGGUAUACUCUUUUGCCAUAUUUAUAAAGGUAUCUAAGGAGCAAUGGGAGAAAUACUCAGGGUGUUUGGAAAAAUCACUUGUUGGAAAGGAGAGAAAUUUAAAUAUACCUGACAGCAGAUACUCAGCUUCAUCAUCUUUUGAUGGGCGAUAUGUACCUCAUAACGCCAAACUGUACGGCAAAUAUGGAUGGGCACCCAAAAAAGAUAAUAUUCCUGAUGAUUACCUGCAGAUUGACCUCGAAACUUCACGUGUUAUUACUGCUGUAGCAACACAAGGAAAUGGUGGUGAUUCAGACAGCUCACAUUAUAGAAACAUAUAUGAGUGGGUGACGAGCUACAACUUGAACUUUACAAAUAACAUAAAAAGCUGGAAAAGAUAUGGACAAAAGGUAUCGGGAAACUACAACCAAAAUAACGUAGUACGACAUGAUUUCAAAACACCUAUCACGGCCCAGUACAUAAGAUUUAUACCACUGGAAUAUAUAAAUGCUAAGACAAUGCGAGUGAAUGUUUACGUAUCCACUAAAAUACAAGUGCCGCCAUCUAUCGUAGUCACACCUCAUGAAAGGUCAAUACGGAUAGAAUGGACGAUAAAGACUUGUUCCGCCACAAACCCUAUCACAGCUUUUAAGGUGAAGGUUGGAAGUAAUAUGACAACAAUGCAGAGCAAUAAAACUAGAAGCUAUAUCUGGGCCAAUCUAAAGCCAUUCACUGUAUACCAUGUGUCAGUGGGAGCAAAAACCCAAAAUGGAUCAACGUGGAGUGAGGUGAAAAAGAUUAGAACUUUAGUAGCAGAGCCUGAGAUUGCACCAACAUACAAAGUUGCGCGUUCAACCUCGUCGGAGACAAUACAAUUGGAAUGGACGAUAACACAACCUGAUAAGAUCAACGGUCCACUCAAGGGAUACAUUAUAACCUACACACCACAAGGAGGAGAGAACAAGACAGUUGACGUGGGUAAUGUCACAAGAUCUACCCUGACGAAACUGCUCACGUAUACAACUUACGUCAUCACUAUAGCAGUCUAUAAUGGAAAAUACACUGGUACAUCAAGUAAUAAGCGAAGAGUGAGAACAAUGGAGGAUGCUCCUUCUGUCCCAAGKAAUGUUCGUGUUACUUUGCAAAAAGCAAAUGGUUUACUAAGACCWCGAGUUCUUAUCACGUGGGAUAAACCACUUCUCCCAAACGGCAACAUCAGGAACUACGCUAUUAUAUACUACUAUAAUAACGGUGCAUCCAACAAGAUUCUAGUUACCCCUAAAGCUGGCAUUACACAUUCUCACAAUUAUACUGUUACCGUAAUGUCUAGCGGAACCUUCUCGUACAAGAUUAGAGCAUCUACUAUAAAGGAAGGUCCUUAUGCUGCUGUGAAAAGAAUUACCAUCCCUAAAUACAGUAAGUAUUAGUUGAUUUGCAUGCAG